AUGGCUACAGCUGAAGGGCCCGCGAGGGCGCACGAUCGCAACGGUCGGCGCCGCCCAUUUUCGAGUUGGAUGAAGCGUCUCGCAAGCCUCAAGAGCUCCUCCGAUUCGGGCUCUCACCGUUGGUCCAACAAGCGACACACAAACCCCAAGGGGAAGAAGAAUGGGGGCCAGGGCAACAACCCGUAUCCCCUGUCGGGCACAAUUAACCGCCCAAACCACAGCGCCUCCUACUCAGAAGCCGGAGAUCGUGAUAGACAAGAGUCUCACUCACGGAGUGACCCUUCUCUGGUAUAUUCUGGCUAUGAUAAUCCGGCGAAGUCGACUGCCCCUACUGUCUCGACCAAUGGCGACACCACGAUCUCGGAUGCAGGGUACUCCAAGGCAGGGACAUUGGCGACAGGAGGUGGAGGACUAAGCUCACACGGCGGAGGCGAAGGCAGCACCUUCUCAUCGCCUGCACCUUCAGUUCGAUCGUUGACCACCACCCUGACAACUGUGCAGUCGGCGGCACCAUCUACCCAACUGUACCCCGCGUCAAAUACCCAACAUGGACAGGCAAAUGGAAGCUCGACACAGAGCUCUGGGAACCAACAAGGUCAUUUCUCACACCAAUUCCCAACCUUGUCCUCGCCCGCUACCGCUGUGCCCCCACACCUCAUACCCAACAGCCAGUCGAUGACCUACAGUACUGCGACAGCAAACAAUGUCCUGACCGAUAAUGCCUCCAUUCUAACAUUGGCGAGCUCCUCUAAGCGUCGUCGUCGGAAUUCUCUGGAUACAAAUGCAUCUGUUCGCGCCUUGGCACCCUCAUCGGUCUUCGGCGGCAGCCGCGAGAGCUUGCCUCUAAGCGUUCUGAGCGGCAAUGUGGUCGAGCCGUCAAGCACUUCAGCCUUCAACGCACAGGGUGUGUUAAGUCGGCCUAGCAUCGUCGGUCUCGCGAGUGCUGAGCGCAUCGGUGUCUACUCGUCUGGUACUGCACCUCUAGGCAGCACCGGCGGCGAACGAGGCGGUUUCUACACCGCGAAGCAGAGCCAACCCGCAGGCGACGGGGCAAGCAUUCGUAGUGGUGCGGCUUCCCACAGCCGAAAUGACAGUACGGCUGCCAGUAUCACAGGGGGUGUAGGCGGCCCUCUUGCCAUGGCCUCUGGCCGCGUCAGCCGCAGGAGCUCCGGAUGGGGUGAGAUCACUGGUGACGAAGGCGAGGAGGGUAAGCAUGGCGAAGCAACAGAUGAGAACUCGGCGCCCAAGCCAGAGGUCUCCUUCAAUGAAGACCCACAUGAAAUCUAA